AUGACUGACUUCGAUUAUCAAGACCAGCCUGUGGCUGCUGAUUCCCAGCUUUCCUGGAAGUAUCGUGACCGCGUGAACCGCAAUCUAUUGGACCCAAGCCCCUCUUUUAGAUCUAGUUCCGAGUCCGAGCAGACUCACAGUGGUAGUGUAUCUUCCUUCUCUUUUUCUGAUAUCUGGUCAGACGAGAUUGAAGUCUCAUCAUCUCCUACUCCUCAAUAUCGGCCUAACAAGCGUUUUCGGUUGCCCCAGAUCAACCCUGAGGCUUGCCCGCCAGCACACUUUGAAUACAGUCGGGACCUGUCUUUGGCAGACAACGACUACAGUGCGUCUCGAGAUUCUGAUGCAAGUACCUUGCUGUUUGAUGAAUUGUUUGAAUUGUUAGGAGCAUCUCCUCAAGAUUCCAAACCACCACUUUCGACUCCUGGAACCACGCCCUCUUCUUCUUUGAACUGCGACACUACUAGAGAGGUUAAUAAAUCUGCUGUUGAGCCCUCAACCCCAGAGAAACAAAUUGUCUCCAUUGGAUAUGAAAAUAUAACACCUGGAGUGCGUAAGAGUAAAAACCAUCGUGGAGUGGAUUUCAUUGACGGGCCUUACUAUCGUCCCACAACCAAAACCACCGCCGCACCCAACUCCGCCACCAUCUCUAACUCCUCCGCUAUCUCCAACUCCACUGGCCCUCCGCAGAAAGCUCUCUCACCUUCUCAAUCCAUUGGCAUUUGUUCUCGAAGCCGAAAGAAACUUAUCAUCAAGAUCAGGAAUCGCCUUUCCACUUUCUUUGGUAAUCGGCUCGAUACUGAUACUCAACCGCAAAGAGGAUUUGCCAGCAAGAUCAAGAGUCGACUAUUCACUGGUUUUGGUAAGCGUCCCACUGUAGCUCUUUAA